AUUUUACGCCAACGAGCAGCGGUUCACUGAAUCCAAGGACUCCGCUCCGAACGUCACCAAACCAGAACCAGGACCAGAACCGGGGGCCAGCAUCCCCCGUCAGCCAAGCUGUGUCGCGCUGGGGAAGCUAGGCUUCAAGCAGCCCUAGGAUCCAGAUAAGGGGAGUAGUGAGAGAGCCGCGCGUCUCGAGAGCCAUGGGUUUCCGCAAGAAGAACAAGAGUCCGCCGGUGCUGAGCCACGAGUUUGUGAUCCAGAAUCACGCCGACAUGGUGUCAUGUUUGGCCAUGAUUAUCCUCCUGGGCCUGAUGUUUGAGGUCACUGCAAAGUUCGCCAUCAUGUUCAUCACAGUCCAGUACAACGUAACCCAUAUUCUCGAUGAGAAGAGCGAUCCGGUGAAUCUUUACCAAUACGGUCCGAAGGAUGUGGCGACUGUGUUCUUCUAUCUGCUCAUUGCAGUCAUCCUCCACGCCUUGAUACAGGAGUACAUCCUGGAUAAAAUGAACCGGAGGUUGCACCUGUCGAAGACCAAGCACAGCAAGUUCAACGAGUCGGGCCAACUCGCUGCCUUCUACCUGUUCUCCUUCGUCUGGGGCAGCAGCAUCCUAACGGCGGAGGACUUUGCAUCCAAUCCGACCUUCUUAUGGGAGGGGUACCCCCACACUCACAUGGUUUUUCAGGUCAAGUUCUUCUACAUUUGCCAAAUUGCCUAUUGGCUCCACGCGAUUCCGGAACUGUACUUCCAAAAAGUACGAAAGGAAGACAUUCCCCGUCAGCUCUAUUAUAUUUGCCUUUACGUCGUCCACAUAACCGGUGCUUACGUCCUGAAGUAAGUGAAAUCAUUUGUUGUCGCCAUAUUUUACUUUUUCCCAAGUCUUUAAGAAGCAUCUACCUGACACCAGAUUUUAAGGAC